UUAGAGCCCAGGAGAGCUAGACUUUCCUGGGUUGGCCUGGAGGCUUGAGCGGAGUCAUGGAUUCUCUGGUCCUGCGGCUGUGCGCUGUCUUCUGCCUGGUGGCUCACUCCGUUUCUGGCAGUCCCAUCAUGGGCCUUGAGCCUCUGGAAGAAGAUAUGCCCUUCUUUGAUGAUGUCUUCUCAGAGCAAGAUGGUGUUGACUUUAACACACUGCUGCAGAGCAUGAAGGACGAGUUCCUCAAGACGUUGAACCUGUCGGACAUCCCUAUGCAGGACUCAGCCAAGGUGGACCCACCAGAGUAUAUGCUGGAACUCUACAACAAAUUCGCCACAGACCGGACCUCCAUGCCCUCUGCCAACAUCAUCAGGAGUUUCAAGAAUGAAGAUCUGUUUUCUCAACCAGCUAGUUUUAAUGGACUCCGAAAAUACCCUCUCCUCUUCAAUGUGUCCAUCCCUCACCAUGAAGAAGUGAUCAUGGCUGAACUCAGGUUGUACACGCUGGUGCAAAGAGAUCGCAUGAUAUAUGAUGGAGUGGACCGGAAAAUUACCAUUUUUGAAGUACUAGACAGUGAAGGGGACAACGAGGCUGAAAGAAACAUGCUAGUCCUAGUGUCAGGGGAGAUCUAUGGAACCAACAGUGAGUGGGAGACGUUCGACGUCACGGAUGCCAUCAGACAUUGGCAAAAGUCAGGCUCGUCCACCCACCAGCUGGAGGUCCACAUUGAGAGCAGACAUGACCAGAUCGAAGAUGCCGGAAGGGGACAACUGGAAAUAGACACCAGUGCCCAGAAUAAGCAUGACCCUUUGCUUGUUGUGUAUUCUGAUGACCAAAGCAAUGACAAGGAGCAGAAGGAGGAAUUGAAUGAAAUGAUCGCCCAUGAGCAAAUCCCGGAGCUGGAUAACCUGGACCUGGAUGGUUUUUCCAGUGGACCUGGGGAAGAGGCUUUGCUACAGAUGAGGUCGAACAUCAUCUAUGACUCCACGGCCCGAAUCAGGAGGAACGCCAAAGGAAACUACUGCAAGAGGACCCCGCUGUACAUCGACUUCAAGGAGAUUGGCUGGGACUCCUGGAUCAUCGCUCCCCCAGGAUACGAAGCCUAUGAAUGCCGUGGUGUUUGUAAUUACCCCCUGGCAGAGCAUCUCACGCCCACAAAGCAUGCCAUUAUCCAAGCCUUGGUCCACCUCAAGAAUUCCCAGAAAGCUUCCAAAGCCUGCUGUGUGCCAACCAAGCUCGAGCCCAUCUCGAUCCUCUACUUAGACAAAGGUGUCGUCACCUACAAGUUUAAAUAUGAAGGCAUGGCGGUCUCUGAAUGUGGCUGUAGAUAGGAGUCCUGUGGCUUAUUUAAUAACUGUAAAUGUGUAUAUUUUGUGUUUUAUUUAAUGAGACUAUUUAAUGAGGGUGUACAGAUAACAGAGGCUUGCUGCCUUAGGGAAAUGGACAGAUUGGUUUAUUGUAGGAAACACAUAUUUUGCUUAACAAUCUAGUCCCUUGCAAACUGUUUUUGUCUGAACUUGCCAUUUCCAGGCAGUCCCAUCUUUAAUAGGAAUGGCAAGUCACACUACUUAUUCUCCAAAUCAAUAUGGAAAGAGCAACCCCCAGCAAAAUACAGCACCAGAAAAUAUGUCUAUAAGUAUAUGUGGACAUACAUGAAAUUAGGAAAAUCUUUGGCUCUAGAGGAAGAUAAUACUCAUAUACAUGCAUGACUCACUGAAAUAUAUAUGUAUGAAAAGCCAAUGUUACGUUCUCAGUCACCUCUUCUCUGAAUAGGGUCUGUGUCACUAUUAAAUUCACAUCAGGAAUUUAAUAGUCGUAGGAAGUAUUAGCCAUUGUAGGAAGAUAUCUGAAGAUAUCCUGUUAUCUUCAGAGUGUCUGAAAUACUCUGGAAAGUGUAGCUGUUGUCAGUUGAGUUCUGCCAUGGCUCAGAGCAGCAGGCCUGGUGAAGGAGGCUGCAUGCUCGAGAGGAAGGUUUUUAAGAUAACAGAAACCAAACAGCUCCGGGAGGCAGUAGCCCCAGAGGUACAACAGCACAAUAGCAAAGAAGGAGCCCCAUAGGGACUAAAGUGCUCUAAAGGGUAGCGCCUGGUCAAGAAUUGAAGACAGAGGGGACUUGGGGAUGAACUCAGAUGAUAGGUCUUUCUGGCUGCAGGGUGUAGAGCAGUUGGGAGAGGGAGAGGUGGGAAGGAUAUAGAUGCUGUCCUCAGAUGAGUUUGUAAAAUCCAAAGCAGUUCUAAUUGGAGAAUCAAAUCUUUUAGAUGAAAUAAAAAUGAUCAAAGAGCCAGAGGAGGGAAACAGAAGGGAACUUUUUGUCAGAUUCUUCACUUCUUAAAAUACUUGUCUGUGCUUCAUAAACUUUCUCCCUUGCCUUUGCACCUCUGCUUUCUCUCUUUUCCUUCUUUCUCUCUUUCCCCAAUUAUCCUGUGUCCUCUGUCUCCAUUGGCCUGCUGUGAGCCGGAGGGAGGUCGCCAACAGAUUUGCUCUCAGGGAGAAAGGAGUUAGUGAUCUAAUGUCUAGAUUUCCCCAUGAUAUUUAAUUCGAUUUUAUUUUAAUAAUAUCCUUCAUUACAUAUUUUAUUCAUAAAGAAAUCUUAAGUACAAGGAAAAGAACACCAGAAUCCAAAUGAAUACAUUGAAAUGUGGGAAUAGGCACAUGAGCAAAUGACUUACAACUUAGCUUGAAUUUUGAGAUCAGAUUUGCUCAUGGUAAACACCUUGCAGCUUUCCCAUUCUGCCUUCUUCCCAUUUUGGAACUGGCCAGGACUUAGGGGCUGGGAAGUGUUCCCAACAGGAAUGAUCUGGCAGGCAGCUAAUUCCGCCUAGAUGGAAUUCCUCCUAGAUGGAAUUCCUCCUAGGUUGGAAGGACAUUGAGAUUCUGGCUGCCGUUUUAGUGCCCCCGAGCAGAACCAUGCUCUGUGCAGGAGGAACCAGAGUCCAGCAGGUCCCACGCCAUCCUGAUGUCUCCAGGCAGAGGACACAGACCAUUUACACUAAAAUAGAGAGUGUGGUUCCAGGAUGUUGCCACACCCUGCAGAACGCUUCAUUAGGAAAUCUCGCGCUUUUUAUUUUUAGCCCUGGAAAACUAUUAGCUUCUUUUUUGCAAACCUCUUGAGGUCAUAAACUCAUGUUGCCCUAGAAAAAGAGGUCAGGAAAGCUGUUUUGAAGAUCCUUUUCCCAAGUUGCAGCUCAACUGUAUACAUUUAUUGUUCAUUGGUUCCCAGAGGGCAAAUCCUCGGGAAUUUUUUGCCCCUGGAAGAGUGAUAUUUUGACUAUCAAUGGGAAUUGACAAUUUGAGGUAACCAUAGUACUCAGAAGCACUCAUUUCUGGUCUGACUUCCAUGUGACAUGUGGGCACAUGUGUGUAUGCUGUGCAUGGGCAGGUGGCUUUGGGUAGCCUCGCUCAGCAUCCUUGGUGGAAGAUGGUGCAUUUUUCAUACUCCAUGGUACGCCACGUAGUCUCAAUACUCCAAGGUACUUCUCCUAAGGACACUGUAAGAGAUAAACAGUAAAACCUCUUAAACUAUAUAGGAUAGUUUUUUGGUAAGUUUUAUUUAUUUUUAUGUCUAAAACACAUAAGAGAGUGGUGUACUGGUAAAUCCUUUACAACCAGCAUGCGAGGGUGGGAAACAGUCCUGAUUCACAAAUCUCAAUAGUGUGAAUACUCUCACCAUGGCCUACUUUAAGCUACCAAUGUGAUCCCAUUUGGCUUGCAAACUUCCUGAAUCUAUAACAGUCAGCUCUAGGGAGCUGUGUGUGUGGCAGCCCCAGCAAUCCACUGACAUUAGCAUGCCAAUAUUAGAAAGCUGACCAGGUGACAACCCCUUCAUCCUGGGUGCCCACUGCUGGCUCUACCAAGUUUCUAGAGAAUCCUUGUCUUGAGCACUUGUAAUCACUCUGCUGUAGAAGAGAGGUGAAAACCUAGGCUGUCUGUAAUCAGGCUGCAUAUCCCAAACGUUUCUCCAUUUACUGCAGUCUAGAUAUAAACCUGUGUUUCUAUGAUGUUCUUACUUGUAAGACAGGAAGACAGAAUGUCACAUAUUGGAUAUUCAAGUGUUGCUAGUUGUGUGAUUAUUAUUAUUUGAUUUCUUCUAUUAAAAAGUGAAAAGUCAAAAUACAUAAAAAGGGGAUUCUCCCUGCUUCUAAUAGCACACCUGCAACUCUGCUGUAUUACUACAAAGCCAUACAAUUGUCAGAUCCUUAGAGCUUUCUAAUGUUUUCUUUGCUCAUAGAGCUUUUGCUACAGCCCACACCAGUCUUUUAUUUCUCUUCCUUAGAACAACAAAACAAAACAAAUUUUAUGGCAGAAUUAUGAGCACUGAAGUUGAAAAGCCUAAACUCCUGAGAAAAAUUAUAGCAGAGGCACUUGGGCAGCCCACAAUCAAAAUAGUCAUGUAAAAGUUUCUAGGCUUCCUACUAUUUAUUGACUGAUAUAUUUAUUUUUGUAAUAUAGUGUAGAAUACCAAAUAUUUUAUUUUUAUGUUUGUGAUUCCCUCCUGAAUAUUCUUCUGUGCAUUUCAAAUAGUACCCUGUCCCAGAAUAUGGCUCACUUAGCAUAUAUGGCCUGUAUUUCCAUCUCUCAUUUUUUUUGCAUCUAAAUGUCCUGUUAUUUUAAGGAGUCUUAUCCUAAGCUUGCCAUAACUUUGUAUAUUUGUGUCUUGUAGGUAUGCUGUGAGCCUCUUUGUGUAUUCACUGAUUUGUAAAUAGUACAGUUUUAACCAAAGUGUCGAUGUUCCAGAAAAUAACUAACCAAUAAAUUGCCAUGCCAUUUCAUAAGCUGACAUUGUCAUUUUUAUCAUGAGAGGCAGAUACUGUCCAGCUGUGAGGGAACAUGAUUGCUACUCAGUGAAUGGAGGUGUAACUAAAUUGGAUUCCACCUAAACAGAUGUGCUCCAUCUAAAUGUACCCUUUGCCUUCACAGAUCCACCAAUUCAGAGACCCGAUUGGCUAACUUUGUCAUUGGACCAACUGCUCUCUAAAUGUCAAAAAUAUUAAUUCAGUGAUUCCUCAAGAGUUGGCCUCAAAGGGCCAGAUUCUUUUCCAGUGUAUCAUUGUUGGUCUGGAAAAUUAAUGACACAAACUUGUUUUCGAAACUGUUACUAAAUGUUUUCAUAUUCUUUCUAAUUUAUAGUCUUCAAGUAAAAGAUAUAUUCAUAUAAAGAAUUUUUAUAUAUUAUUUAUUAUUGAAUUCAUCAACAGAAUACAAAGCCCAGGCAUGUUCUGGCAAAACUAUUUGUCAUUUAUCUGUGACCCAGAAGGACAUCACUCUUUUUAAGGAUUGUAGAUCUUUGUCAGAGUCCGUAGAUUAUACUUAGCCCUUUGCGGUUCUGUAAGCUCAUGUGGUAAAGGAAGGAACUGUGUCUCUGUGCAUUUUCUUGCCCCUAAAAAAGGACGUUUGACUUCACCCAUUAAAUGGAAGGAAAGUAGAUUAUACUGUACUAUAGCAGUAAAAAUGGUGUUUCUGCAUGUGGAAAUGUACUCAUAAGUUAAUAACUCCAUGAAGGAAUAACUGUUGUGAUCAGCAUGUUUCUCACACACACACAAGCACUAACUUUGUUGUUUUGUGAACAACUGGCCUGAUUGUGGUGGGAAGACCUACUCACUGGUGCCCACCCGAUGGGCUUCCAUGCAUGUGGGAAAUCCAUUAAUACCUCAGAUGCACCAGAUCAGCCGAAACACCAUCACAUUCUUGGGUAAAACUAAUCUAUUAUUCAUUUUCAGACUUAUUUAGUGAUUGUUAGAUUGAAAUGAUGAUGAAAAUAUCUUACACUGUGUUCAAAAACCAAAUGUGUACAUUUGAAGUCAUCUUGUUAAAUAAAAUCAAAAAAUUAUUUUGACAAGAA